AUGAAGGUGAGCUUCUUGGUCCCAGAGGUGACCAAACCCGAUCACUUUGUCUAUUAUAUGACAUGCAAGGCCAAGCAGCAAGUCUUGAAGUCAGGUGAUCCAUGGCGGAGGCCCGUCAGCAUGUCUAUUGACAUCUGGUGCUUGCUCAACAAGCACAAGACAAUGCACAAUUUCUGCCAGCAGUACUGCAAUCUGGCAGCUUUCCCUGAGUUGAAGUUGGAUGAUGGUACAGGGUGGUGGUUCAACACUUCCAUUGCAGAGCAGACUAAUGUUUGGUUGGGGAGUUUUCAUUCUAUGGUAUGGGAGAUGCUGCUGAUAAGGUGUAAUUUCUUUUUAGAUGAGAUGGUUCACCUCUGCAACAUUAACACAAUGGCAACCUUGAAAAGUUGGAAACAUGAGCCCAACGUAUACUCCUUUCAACCACAACAACACAUAGAGACAUUUGUAGUACACUUGCAAUGA